UAGACAGGACAUUUACACAUUUUACAGUGAAAAGAAAAAUGGCUAAUGUUUUGCCCUUCAAGCAGCAAAAAAUAGAAUUAAAAUCUGGAUGUGUAACAACUGUACUUAACGUAACAUCCAUUCAAUGUGUAACACCUGUGUGACCGUGUGUCACAAAUUACUCAAAGUCCAGCUGACUGUGCACUGCACUACCAUAUCACAAAACUGUUAAGCCCAGACUUUAAGUCCACCCUGCAUUUCUAUAGUUGAAGGUUUAAAACCCGUAUUCUCAAAUGAUGAAGGUUAAAAUUAUGGACAAUUAGGUAUCUGUAUUACUUUAUCAGGGCACUGGAACGUUUCAAGUAAACUGAAGAAUGUCUUAGAAAAUUCUUGAUGGUUGGUCACCUUAAACUAGGAGCUCUCCCACAAGUCAGCCACCUUGGCCACAUGACAAUUCUUAAAUGUCACCAUCAGCUGUCAUAAAAAAUACUAUAAUUCAGAGUCUUUUUCUGCAACCUGAGAGCAGUAAUGUGGCAACCUUCAAAUACUUGCAACAUGACUUUCAAAAAUGUCUCUAUCAUUUUGCCUGGUGAUAAAGGAAGAUCCAUCCUUUGAAACACAGUAAUUAUUUCAAGAUUUUAAGGUUUUUGAAGAGGUCUUAAAACAGAUAAAAUCCAAGCAGUCUGCAGCCUUGAUGCAACAUUUCCUCCACUUCUGUGUCGCAGCCUCAUUUAUAAAUGUGUGUGUCAGUUGGUCUGAAGACAUGCUGGCUUCCACCUAAAAGAAAUAUUUUUCUUACAUGCUGUGGAAUCCGUCUGAGUGACAGAAGGAAGAUUUGGUACAGAAGUCCCUAAAUUACAAACGCCCAUACGUAUGAACGAAGCUAUUAUCUGCCUUAACAUUUUGACAGAUUGGUUCAUAACAAUGCAGUUUUUACAUACACAUCAGUUGUUCGAGACCCUCCGAAAUUUCAUCUCUGGAAGGAGCCUGUCUUGCAAGCGACACAGUCGAACACUGCUGUUCUCUGACGCCACCCUUGAAAGCAGCGCCACGGUGAUGAGGGUUAAAGUCAGCAGCAUUGUGGCCUAUGACCAGUACCCACUGCAGGACUGCAUGGACAGUUCUAUCGCCGACUUCCCAGAAGAUCUGUUUGACGCAAAAGAAAGGAGGAAUGGAGCAAUCAUCUUUCAUUUCCUCUUGGCACUCUACUGCUUCACAAUGCUUGCAAUAGUCUGCAAUGACUACUUUCUGCCAUCAGUGGACUGCAUCUGUACAGAUCUGAACCUUACACAAGAUGUUGCUGGAGCGACAUUUAUGGCAAUUGCCACAUCAUCACCAGAACUUUUUGUCAAUAUCAUCGGAACAUUCAUCACCGAGUCAGACCUCGGGGUGGGCACAGUUGUAGGUUCUGCUGUGUUCAAUACUUUGGGAGUGGCAGCAUGUAUUGGACUUGCAGCUUGUAAGGUUAUUAACCUUGAAUGGUGGCCAUUGACACGUGACUGUAGCAUCUACAUUGUCACAAUAGGAGUCUUGACUGCAGUAACUUUAGAUGAGAAAGUUGACUGGUAUGAGGCUCUCAUACUAGUCCUUAUGUACAUUACAUACUUCUUCAUAAUGUGGUCAAAUGGGCACCUUAUGAAAUUAGCCAAGAAACUUGAAGUCAAAAUUAUUGGCAGUAAAACUGUUCUAAAUGAUCCAGAGAGUUCUGUAUCAGAGGUUUAUUCAAGUGUUGGCCCUGGAAUAUACCGCUGGUAUCUUCAUGGAGAUUUCACUGUUAGCAACAAUAUAACUUCAGAUGAUACAGAAAAAUCUCCUAAACGUAAAGGUCGCUUAAUGUGCCCACCAGCAGGUAGCGGACUAAUAGAGAAAGUGUGGAAUAUAUUUUCAUGGCCAGUUUCACUCUUGGUUUUCAUCAGUAUUCCAGAUUGUCGUAAAAAUCAUUUUCGUCACUUAUAUCCUCUCACAUUCAUUAUGUGCAUAGUAUGGAUAGGAACAGCAUCAUACCUCAAUGCCUGGAUGAUGACAACUAUAGGUAAUACCUUUGGAGUUCCUGAUUCUGUCAUGGGACUCACUAUGCUUGCAGCAGGUGGAAGUUUACCUGAAGCAUUUUCUUCAAUUAUUAUGGCACGGAAAGGUAUGGGAGCCAUGGGGAUCAGUUCCUCUGUUGGAGCCAAUACUCUUAACAUUCUUCUCUGUCUGGCGAUGCCUUGGUUCAUCAAAUGCAUUGUACAAAUUGCCCAGACUGGAGAUGCAAGCACCGGUUAUGUCGAAAUCAUGUCAGAAGGAGUAACGUACAAUUGUUUCUCUCUACUUGGCUGCGUUCUGCUGCUUUAUGCUGUUAUAGCUAUGUUCAAAUUCCAGCUUGGAAAAUGGCUUGGCUUCACAUGCGUCAUCAUGUACUUUAUCUUCAUCUCAUUUUCAGUCCUCAUUGAAAUGAAUGUAUUCUUUUUUGUUAACAAGCCAUUGUGUGUUGAAAUAUGAAAAUAAUAAUUCAUACUGACAUUUCUUUAU